GUAAAAAAUGAAAAUAUACAUCCUCCUGUACGAAAAUAUUAUGAAGCACGGAUCAUUUGUUAUUUGAAAAAUUGGAGUUACUGAGCAAGCAGCUGUGAACAAAUUAUUUUAUCUGCGCAAUGCGUCGGAGUUGUGCACCAUCCAUGAAGCGAUCAGCAGCGGUUCGAUCGAACGGAAUAUCAGCGCGGGAAACUUCGACGGCGAUUGCGCCGAAAUGCGACACGGACCCGAAAAUUCUGCUAAACAGACCACGAAAUUUGCUAAACAGUACAGAGGAUCAUGCACGCGUCCUCGAGCGGUUGGCAAGCGAGAGGAAUGCCAAACGCGAAUUGAAACCGAACGUUUCUGAUAGCAGAACUGAUCGAACUAAAGUCCUGUUCAAUGUAGUUUGGGGAAAAAUAACUACCAAGAAACACAAAACAUGGGAAGGAGACGGAACGUUGGAGCUUUGUGGAAAAUGUGCUACACUGAGAGAUGAAGAGGGCAAAAUUAUCGGUAAUACUAAUGGAAUCAAACCUGAAGAGAUAGAAGAGGGAUCACAAUUGAUCGUUGGCAGUAAGGCGAUUGAGAUUAUAGAUAGAUUAACCGAGCCAUGUGCGCUAAAGAGAGGGACUCCUGACCAUACUGAUCCCACCACAAAAACAAGACUUGAUAGCCCGACCUGUGAUAGAUUGGAGACACCAGAGACUGCUAGUGCUUCUAAGAAAUUGAAAUUGCAACCAGCAUUCAAACCAGUGGGUAUGGUAAAAGAUGAAAUUCUCUCCGAUUUUAUUCCGUUGGUAAUGAAAGUACCUCCAUUUGAGCACCAAUGGAAGCACAAUAGAAAUAAAUCUGCCGUUAGUGAAGUUUCCUUGCCAUAUUUUUUGACCAAAAAUCUUAGACCCCAUCAGAGAGAGGGUGUAAUGUUUCUGUACGAAUGCGUAUUAGGAUUCAAAUCUGUCGAAUCAGAAAGAUUUGGUGGCAUCCUUGCAGAUGAAAUGGGAUUGGGUAAGACUUUACAAUGUAUAGCUCUGAUUUAUAUGCUGUUGAAACAAGGGCCAUAUGGUUCACCAAUAUUGAAGCGAGUCCUGAUCGUCACUCCGAGCAGUUUAGUCGAGAACUGGAAUCACGAAAUAAACAAAUGGCUAAAGACCGAACGAAUCUUCACUUUCAUUGUAGGACCACUGAACAAGCUUAAAAAGUACGUUCAAUCACCGCAUAUCCCAUUUUUGAUUAUAUCCUAUGAGCUGUUGGCGAAACAAAUUGACGAACUUGAAGCGAUGAAGUUUGACCUAAUCAAAGCAUCGAUUGUUCACGCAGAAUUCUGCUCACUGGUACUCCCAUUCAAAAUGAUCUGCAGGAGUUUUUCUCCCUCAUUAAUUUUGUGAAUCCCGGAGUGUUGGGCAGUUAUUCAGAGUUUAAGGUGAAGUAUGAAAAUCCAAUUGUGCAGUCACAACAACCUAAUGCGCUACCACAAUGUCUGGAUCUUGGAAAAACGAGGCUCAGAGAAUUGAAUUCCAUUAUAU